GUGGGCGGGAAACCUUCCUGAUGAAGGAACAUGGAUCAGUAUCUUGGUCUGUUUCCACUACCCAAGAGUCUCCAAGAUCGGCAGACUCGAGUAGUCAGAGAUGUGAACUGGUUAGCUCUCCUUUUGCUGGAAUUUUUUUGACAAGCAUCGAUGAGAUAUCUUGGUGCUGAGUGACAGCUGCCAGAGGGAUUUUCAGGAACAGACGUUCGAGAAAGAUAGAAUUGAUCGUUCCGGGCAAAUUGAUUCACCAAUCGCUGACUGAAGUUGAAACUGUGGGAACUACUGCACGACUCGGAUCGCCACUAUUCUGUAGAAUUCUUGAUUCAGGAGCAGCGUCUUGAAACGGUGCAGAAUUUCGUCAAGAUGGGAUUGAAAUCAGAGGAAAUCGUCGAUACGCAAAGAUUCAAGGUCCCUUCUCGUCCCAUCACCGACAUUUUCACAUCCAAAGACACAGCAAUUGAUCGAUCAAAAUGUCAUCGGACGGUUCCGAUGAGAGUGCUCGUGCUUGGUGUCGGAAGGACAGGCACAGUUUCAAUGAGAGAUGCACUGAAGCGUCUAGGCUAUGAUGAUACUUAUCACAUGAUGUCUGCAAGUGUAGAGAAUCCUCCAGACUGUAUCAUGUGGCAGCGAGCCUUCGAAGCAAAGUAUGAUGGGAUCGGACGAUUUGGGAGAGAAGAAUGGGACAGCCUACUUGGCCACUGCCAGGCUGUCUGCGAUUGGCCGGCAAUCUGUUUCGCGAAGGAGCUCAUUGAAGCCUACCCAGAAGCCAAAGUCAUCCUGACGACAAGAAACGUGGACACUUGGCACGAGUCGGUCAUGAAGACAGGCUACUGGAGAGCAAAGGACCCUGAACUCAGAAUCGCGUCCUAUUUCGAUUGGGGCGCAGGAAUGUACUAUCCCAUGUUAACCAAGUUCUUCGAAACUUUCUUCAAGGAUGACUUCCCAAAUAAGGGAAAGGAGGUCUUCGCCGAGCAUUACAAGGAGGUGCGCAGCCUCGUUCCAAAGAACAACUUACUGGAAUUCAGCGUCUCCCAGGGAUGGGGACCUCUUUGCGAGUUCCUGGGAGAGCCAGUGCCGUUGCAUGAAGCAUUUCCUCAUGCGAACAAUGCAGACAGCUUCGUGAAGAGAUGCAGAGCCCGAAACAGAGCGCAGAUGUGUAAUGCGGCUUUCAGGUAUGCGGUGAUUGGGAUGUGCUUGUAUCUGGCGUACUGGAGUCUUGGGUGCAUUUUGAUGUUUUAGAUGCAUAAAGAGAUCUGGCGUUGGCUCUGUACGAAGAUGGUUAAGGCGCCUGGAAACUUGACAUGCUGUAUGACUCCAGCUGAGCGAUAGACAUUUGUAAAUAGAGCGAAGUAGUGGGCCUUCGAUUCUGUCAAUACUUCGUGAUCGAAAGAAGGAAAAUGAAAACAUUUAUCGUUGCAGAAGAACCCCGUCAUCGCAACGUAAUCGGGUCCAAGUCAUCGUGUUUGAACGAAGUUCACACAGGCUUGGCCGCCUGGCAAGCGACAAAGAAGGAGUGAUCGUGAACCCAAAAUACGAACGAAACUGGAAUUGGCGAGUAUUUGAAAGCGAGAAAGUAUAAAAUUGAUGCAGAACUCAAGGAAAACGGAAGAAAAGAAGAAGCUGACAGCGCACCGAGAAGUCCGAAACGUCCGGGUCUGCCUAGAGAUAUAUAGGAAGUAUACGAACGCUCACGUGGCACCGCGCUAAUGCCAUGGUGACAUUCUGCAAUCUCAUUGCGCAGUUGC